UCGUGUAGUAAAUAAAAAAGUGUUAAACAAUUCAAAAUAUAUUCAAUAUUUGAGAUUCUUCAAAGUAGCCACCCUUUUCCCUUUCCCUUUGCCUUGAUGGCAGCUUUGCACACUCUUGGCAUUCUCUCAACCAGUUUCAUGAGGUACUCACCUGGAAUGCAUUUCAAUUAACAGACUAUGCUAUGAGAACAGGGCCCAGCGAUGACUGAUGUGGAGCCUGUUGUCACUGAUUUUGCAGCCACGGGGAGGACUGGCCGGCGGAACGCUGUACCUGAUAUCACUGGGGCAGGGCCUGCUGACCUGUCAGACAAACUAGCAGAGCUCUCUGUUGUAGAUGAUGGAGGAGAAGGCGGAGAGUGCACGUCCUCUGGAAGCCCACCGAAUUGCCCUAUAGAGGGUGAGGAGAAGGCGGAGGGGACGUAAUAGGGCCGUGGUCUCUGGCUAACUGACUACAAGAGAAGAUGGAGAACAAGAGAGAGACUGGCUCUACUAUGGCCGCUUCUCCUCAAACCAACCCCAUUGACUAGACAACUGUAAUCGUCAUGCCCUGUGCUAUGCAAUGUCAGGACACCUAUGAUGGAAACUGAAAUAUUUGGGUGAGAAAGGGAGAGCACUAUAAAAAAGAAAAGGCUGUUUCUUUAUAAGUUAAGGGGGUAUUCGUUCAAGAUUACCCAUAAUUUAUUACAUGUACAGAGAAUGAAACUGCACUUAUGUCUGGUUCAUAUUAGCUUAUGAAUUGAACUGGUGAAGUGGCAUGACUGAAAAAUGUCAUUUUUAUUUGAGCAAGAGGGACUUGUACAUACUUUGCAUAUGGAGCUAUUCCAAUGAAUGCAUUUUUUUCUCAGAAUGUCAAAAUGUAGUUGCAGGAAUGUUUAUAUUUGCACAACAAAAUAAUAAACAUUCCACUUGGUGAUGUAAGUCAAAUUUGUAUCUUACAAUUGACGUUUAUUAGAGCACUACAGUGCAACCUCUACUUUGUGUGUUUUUUUACUGUUAGAAUAUGCAUAGUUAACAACUGAGUAACUAGAAACCAAAAAAAAGAUAUGUAUUUUUGGGCAGUAAAUAGUUUUACAUUAUAGUUGCCACCCAUUAAAGAUGCAUUUCAAUGUCCACUGCAGCUAAUAAACAUAAUGCUUUAUAUACGGCAUUGUGGUAAAUAUUUUUCAGAUGCUAUAAUAAAAAAUAAAAUAAA